AUGGGAGCUAAUUGCACAACUUGCCAAAGUUGUCAAGGUGAAAAUGAAUUCAAUGAUAUUGACCCGAGAUAAAGUAUCACUUAGAUGAAUACCUAAACUAAAGGCUAUGCUUAAAAGACCAAUUCAAAAUAUCAAGGAGACCUACAUUACAAAAUGCAUGUGAAAAAACUAAUCACAAUUUAAGCCCUUUAUAGAGGCAUUAAAGCUAGAGCUCAGUUUAGCACUAUGCUAUUGAAUACUAAGGUGACUAGCAAGUACUUUACUGAUGAUGAGGCUAAAGAAACAUUGUAUGGAGUUUUUAAGCCGAAAGGAAAAUUAACAGUCAAAACUUAUAAGUAUAAAAAUGGGGCAGUAUACAACGGAGAAUGGCUAGGAGGAUUCAGACAAGGCAAAGGUAUUAUGAAAUGGACAGAUGGCGCUAUCUAUGAGGGAGAAUGGUCUUAUGGAUAGGCAUUCGGAGAUGGAAAGUUUCAUCAUGUUGAUGGAGAUGUAUACGAGGGCCAGUGGUCUAAUAAUAAAGCAAAUGGCUAUGGAUUUUAUACUAAUGUAAAAGGCGCAAGAUAUGAGGGCUAUUGGAAAGAUGAUUAAUAACACGGCAAGGGUAUUGAAACAUGGCAUGAGGGUUCUAGAUAUGAAGGAAACUAUGCUUAUGGCAAGAAAGAGGGCUUUGGAAAGUAUUGCUGGGCAGAUGGCUCAAUUUACGAGGGAGAAUGGGUUGAUAAUAGAAUCAACGGCAGAGGCAUCUAUCUCUGGAAAGACGGGAGAAAGUACUAUGGCGAGUGGAAGAAUAAUGAUAUGCAUGGUGUAGGUAUAUAUUUCUGGGCUGAUGGACGAAAAUUCGAAGGCCAAUACUCAGGGGAUAAAAAGGAUGGUUUUGGAACAUAUUAUUGGACAGAUGGCAGAAAGUAUGAGGGAUGGUGGAGCCGCGGCAAACAGCACGGUCUCGGAACCUAUAUUGAUCCUGCAAAAGGGAAAGUCAAGUAUGGGCUUUGGGAAAAUGGCAAAAGAGUCAAGUGGUUUGAUGAGUAGACGAUAAAACUUAUCAACACAAGAACAUUUGACUUUACUACAUAAUUCUAGGAAGACGGCAGUGCUAACCUAGUUCAACCAAACUGUACAUUUUCUAAACCAGAUGACUUAGAUUUUCAAACUAAUAAAAUAAAGAGGGAUCUAAAAGUGCCUAAUCAAGCAUGA